CAAGCAUGGCGGCUUCACUACGACAUGUGAUUCAGAGAACCAGAUCUCAGAUUCACCCUUUCGUAAAAACAGUUUCUCGGUGCGAGCUCCGCGUCACAUAUCAAGGUAAACGAUUCCUGUUUAGCAGAGAAUUUCUAGGUCUGGACAACUAUGAGAGGCAAAGGAUGAUAACGGCUGACAAAUUGGGAGAUGUCAAAGAUAAGUUUUGUUCCCGCAUGGAGACAUACAUCAGUGGCGAUGACCCUGGCACAGUGUUCACAGAUGACCUGAAAACUAUGCUACAUAUCAGCUCAUCCCAAGAGGAUUUCAACAUCACAGAGAAGAUGUUUCGAGAGUAUCUGAAACAGAAUGAAGAAAUGUCAAUGAUUCAGAACUUUUCAUUUGGCCCUAUCAUAAUGCGGUUGUUGUAUUUGCUAAACAAACCUGAUGAGGCGUGUAGACUUUUCCUGGAUCCUUCUCUGGGAGGUACGUUCGACAACACCAGCAGUUUUUUGUUACUUCUCGACAAACUUUACGAAGAAAAACAAUACAAAAAAGUACUGGAAAUGUUUGAGGUGAUCCAGAAAAAAGAACUGCGAGGUUUCAAGUAUCCAAAUGAUUGCACCACGCUGGCAUUGGCAUCCUGUUAUCAAAUGAAUUCACAGGAGUCUUUUGAGAGGAUGAUGGAGAUUUUUGUAGGUUGUCGAGAAAGGGGAGCGAUGCUGACUCAGAGAAGUGUAUCAUUUGCUUCAUUGCUAGCUCUUCGUCAGAACCGACCAGAUGUAUCUAUGGAACUUUUAGUGAUGAAGAAUGAGGAAAAGUUCGUGACAAAUCAGAAUCUUAAGGCAAUCACACUUGCACAUCUUGGACGAUAUGAAGAGGCGAUCCAAAUUCUUAAAAACACUCUUCAGAGAGAUAUUCCCCAAGAGUUUCAGCGAGGAAAUAAGAUUUUCAGCGACACGGCCAGGGAGUUACAGAAGAGUGUGGAAUCCAGUAAUGAUCCGAAUUUGAUACGUCAGCUUCAGACUGUAAUUCAGAGACUAGCUAGUGGAGGUCAUAUCUCAGAACAAACUCUGCAUGACUUUAUAACCAAGCCCAUUGUUAAGAACCGACAGUUACAGACAAGCUUCAAGUCUCGCAGGCGAUCAGAGAACUUCCAUCCACCAGAGUAUAAGCGAGAAGGCCUUACCGACAUGGCUUGAUGUACAACUGGACCCCAUGCAUUCUUCAAAGGAGACCCCAGUGUCGUUUUAAUGCAAGUUAUAUCUGUCAUCAGGAAAAUUGCCAUCCCCUGAGGAUGUGAUACACAAGAAUAGUGUACCAGUUUUCCAGUCCACUACAACAGGAUUUUUAUGCAUAAAAUCUGGAUGAGUUUUUUGUUUCCUUUGAAAGUGACUUCGACUAGAAGAUGUUUUAAACAUGUAGUUUGUGACCAUGUCAGAAAUUUCCAGUCUGGUGCCAUGGGGAAGAAUAUGUAUGUAAAAAUCUGGAAUUUCAGGUGUCUUUUCUGUGUGUAAAGGUAAACCAUGAUGAGUCUGGCAUGUCUCCAUAUAUGUCCACUUCUUGUUGGUUUUUUCAUUUUUUUUUUUAUAGAAAUGCAGAUCUAAAGCCUUGACUGUUUGGGACUAUUCGCUGUAAUAAGAAGUUCCACGGAGCAGAGCCUCUGACUGAAAGCCACAAAUGGUACACUGUGUAUAACAAACACAUUGAAUACUGGACAUUUUGUAUGUUUGUGGUCAUUCUGUAAGGAGUUCUGAUGCAUUCAAAGACUAUAAACAUACUGAAUCCCAGAUCUUUGCAACCGACUUCACAAAUCUCUUUAUGUAAUUUCUUUUAUUUUUAAGCACAAGAUUGCCUAGAAUUUAUUGAUCUGUAGAAAAAAUGGUAAACCACAAAAUUUAGGAAUGCAGAAUUGUUAAAAUGGGCCCUGGGUCUCUUUGUUCAUGUUAUAUUAAACUUAUUUGGGCUCAUCCCAAACCAUCAGAUGGCUGUUGAAUAUAACAUUGUGUUCCUAUUGUCAUUAAUAAGGUGUGAUAUUUUUUUUGUGUGAAUUCGUCUUGUUUUGUGGUACUUUUCCACUGGAAAACGGUGCAGCCUAUGCAACCAGGGUUUGAAGCUACUGAUCACAAUGAACAGUGUUAUAUAUUCUGAUAUGAUGAAAGCAUAUUUGGAAGAAAAUCACUGCAGUGUUGUGAAAGUAGCCAGAGGUGGAAACAGUUGUGCACUGUAUUUCUAGAAAUAGGGCAGACCAUGUACAGUUAGCGAGAUGUUAAUUGUUAAGAAUUAAUGCAAGAUUUUCUGCGACUUUUUAUCCGAAAAAUACAUGUAAAUCAGCA